UCAUCGGUGGCAGGUUUGAAAAGCGCUACACGGUGGUUCGUUCAGCAGGCUUUAGCAGCUUUCUUGGUUCUGGUGUUGUGUCUGGCGCGACGUCUCGUCUUCGCAUUGUCGCUUUCAGUACGACCGCAACGGUGGCCGCGUUCGGGAGGUGCGUUUCGAGUUUUCUCCUGCAUUAGUUUAGAAAGCCGAGCGUUUCUACAGAAAUAUUGGAGGAAAAUCUAUAGUUAAUGCGUUAUUCCCGAAAGUGAUGAAAUAGGUGACGAAAAGUAAUUCAGUGCAGUGUAUUGUAUUGGUUCCUGUGCCAGUAUCACAACCAAGAAGCAAGUGAUAUGAUAAGUGUAUCCGUGCGUGAAACGUCAUAGUGCGUGGUAUAAAACCGACAAAAAAAAAAACGCUUCACAUUCCGACACCUGACGAGUGUGAAUCUUUGAGUUGUGUUCGUCUUACAGCAGAAAAUUUGUUGUUGGAGGCACUAGGCCCCAUUCACAAAAGCUUCUAGCAGAAAAAAGGCGUUUGACAUCAAAAAAAUUCCAGUGCCCAGUGCGUGGUGGAGUAGGAGUUGUACGCCGAAACAACCCAACAUCCGGUUGUCAUCAGCACCGGCGAGAACCGUUCCAACCAACCAACAUCCCCAGCCAGCCGACAGAAACCUACCAGCACAUCCAAGAUGAAUGGUUUCCGAGUGCUCAAUUUUGCACUGUUCGCGUUCUGCUUUCUCUGCACAAUCGAACAGUUAGAGAGUACCUGUGUUUUUGAUUCCGAUUUCGGUCUCAUCCUGAACUGUGCCUUCAAAAAGUCCGGCCUCUUUCGGGUGCGGAAUUUGGGCGGCAUCAAGGCCCACUUCGGGUUAGGCUUCAGCGUUGGAGAUGAGCUGGGACUGGCCGAAUCGCUCGGCAACGUCGAGGCAAACAAGCGGCGUGCCCUCAACAUUCGCACCGGUGCCAACAAUAUAGGCGUUCUGCCUGCGUCCAAAAUGCCGACAUCCUACCCAUCCCUACCGGCCCCGAUCGUCCCAUCCCCGGGCGCUCCCAUCCAGCAGAGCCGGCCCCAGGCGGUAACGGUCCGUUCGUCCGCCCCGAUGCUGCCCAAGGGCGGUCUGCCGCCGAAGGGCGUUCCCUCGUCCGCCUCGCCCGUGUACAUGUCGCCCGCGUCCAGCCUGAUGACGAAGGCCACCUCCCUGCCCCUCGGGGUGCCUCCCUUCCGUCCCAUCCCCAAGCCGACGCCGGAAGCGGAGCCGGUGAGAUUCGACCCGUCCGUGCUGCGCCGCAACUUUGCCCUCAAAACCGCCCAAACUCCCGAUCCCUCCUUCCAGAGCCAGCUGAUGAAUCAGACCUCCUCCUUCCAUCGGGGCGGUGCCGCGAUCCGCACUGCUCCCGCCUCCCCCUUCCCCUCCGCUCCCAAUCAGCAGAUCAUCUACAAGGAGCAGACGGCGAACCUGCAGGUGCAGAAGGUGCCCGCCUUCCAGGCCAUGCCCGAAUCGGUGUCCCGCAUCUCGACCGGCCCGGUCGUGCAGGUCGACAACAAGCUGCAGCCGUCCGCGAUCAAGAACUCCAUCAUGAGCAUUCCACCCCGGCGCCAGAUGACCGGGAAGCCGGGGCCAACGAUUGCGACGGGCAGUGCGGCCACCGGAGACGCCGCGGAAGAGAUCGACCUGAUGGGCCACACGGUGGAGGAGCUGGCAGCGGCGGCCAACGUGAGCGUGGAGGUGAUCAAGGAGGCCAUCCGCGUGCGGCAGCAGGAGCUGCGGGCCCAGAAGCAGUACGAGAAGCAGCAGGCCGCCUUCGCACAGGCCCAGUUCCUGGCGCAGCAGACGACACCGGCGACGACGACCACCACCACGACGACGCCACGACCGCGCCGCUACCCGACCAACGCAGGGCACAAGGUCAUGAACGCACCGAAAGAGUACUACCCGGUCGGCUACGACAAGAACUUCGAUGACAACUUCACGUCCAAGGUGGACCUGCCGUACACGACGUUCAACUGCGGCGAACAGAAGCACUUCCCGGGGCUGUACGGUGACGAGGACCUUGGUUGUAUGGUCUUCCACGUAUGUGCCCUGACGGACGAUGGACUGAUCAUGAAAUCGUUCCUCUGCCCGGAAAGCACCCUGUUCGACCAGACGGUGCUGAAGUGCAACUGGUGGUUCUACGUCGACUGCAAGAGCAGCAAGAACCUGUACGACUCGAACCUGCCGGUGUCGAAGAGCUACCAGCUGAUGAAGGCGCUAUCGUUCUUCUCCUCCAACUACAAAAACCCGGGCGACUCGUCCGAGGGCGUCGACGUGGAGGCGCUCAAGAACAGCGUCGCGACGGCGGUCGCCGUCGGUGGGUCUGCCCGCUCGCUCGACAGCCUGAGCAGCAACACCAUCGCCGGCUCGACCGGCGAACGCUUCCAGGACCUGGCACCGGCCGCGUCGGAGAGUGUGCGGAGCCAAAGCAAUAACACAACGGUCGUCUCUACACCAAGCAGCAGCACCACGAGCAGUAGCAGCACCACCAGCAGCAGCAGCAAAACAACGACAUCGGCGUAAAUGGAAAUGAUUUGAUUUCACCGAUUUCCUCCACACUGCCACAUGGUGUGGCCCAUGGUGUGAAAACUGUAAGUGUGUGCGUGUUUGUGUGUGUGCGUGUGUAUGCGAACGAACUCUAUAGCAAGUAAGGCGUAAUGGUUGUGUCACCUUCGGCAAAGCGGCUCCGGGCAUCACCCACAGCGUAAGUGGCGGUUUUGUUUUGUUUUUGAAAUGUACAGUUUGAUGGGAGGGGAGUGAUUUAAGUGAAAACAGAAACCCGGCCUCACCCUUCCCCCUUUCAACGGUGCUAGUGACGGAGGGGCUGGGGGUGGAUGGUAACACACGCGGGCGUGCGUUACACUGGCCAUUAUGAUUAUUUCCAUAGCUCGUACCGCCUGCGAGAUUGCAUACAUUUUGGCGCACAGCAGCUUCGGCAAACCUUUUUUGCCCCUGAAAGGUACGCAAUCUGUGCAGCGUAAUUACCUUUUCGCAAAGGCACGGAAGCCCCGUGUUGCGUUCCCACUGUAUACUGGCAGCUCUUUUUUUUUUCAAAACGCCGGCUUUCAUACAAAGUUUGCAAGUGUUUACAAUUUACAACAAAUUAAAUCAAGCGGCAAACUCUCGAGCCUGAAUAGAGUGUGCGAUCUAUUGAAUAGCAUCCCGUCGGGUACCUGGUAGCGAGCCAAGCAGCUGCCGGAACUGCAUCAACCUCAUUCCACUCCAGCCAGUGCAACGCACAAACCCGGCGUGCUGUGGGUUUGUGGGGGUUACCCCGCUUGGCCCCGCUGUCCUGUGCGGAUAGAUUUUCAACUGUUCAACCGCAUGGAGGGGAGAGGAGAAAAGUUCGGUGCAACAAGGUAGCAUAAGUAUUUAUUAAACAAGGCGGAUGCGGCACGAACCUAACUCCCAUCCCGUCACGUCACAAAGCGCUCACAAAGCGAUUGCCAUUCACGUGGGUGUGUGUGCCGGUGGAUGAUUCGGAGAUUGGGUCUGAGCGUGUGUGAGUGUGUGGUGUGUGUCGGAGUAUUAGAAGACUUUUGUUAGACGUUAGUGUGUUAGAGGUAAUUGAAGGUGGGAUAGAGCGUGGCACAGUGGCAUCCGAAGGGGCGCCUGGCGGAUGCUUUUUAAAGUGGUAGCGGAAGACGGGGUGGUUUUACGUUUCACUGUUACUGUGCUAGCAGAGACCUCUUAGAUUAUUUAUGGAAUUAAGUUUGAAAUCUAGUGACUGUUUCUCGGGGUAUAUUGGCAAAACCGUCUCUCUUUGCGGCAGCAAGAGUCGGGCAGUAAGGUAGCUUAGCAGUAGAUUCCAUUGUUUUUGUUUGUUUUUAACGCGAGAGUAGCCUCAUAUUUAUUUAACUAGCGGCGUAAGGUGCAUGCGGUGUAGAGCUCCUAGUAUCUACUUACUAGCGUUCCGGUAGUUAAAACAUAGCAAUAGCAGCAACAGUGCUUCUUACAACCAGUUAGCUCGGUUCCGGUUGAUGUAAUAACGCUCUUCGAUGAGGCAGAUAUGCACGUUUCGUAGGACACAAACUAUUGGCUAGUAUCGUUAUAAUGUAUGUUGUGCUACUACUACUAGUACUGUGUGCAGCAUUACACAUUACACAGUCCGUUUUGGCUCAUAGUUGUGCAGCACAUCUUCGAACGCGCGCAACCAUUUGCACGAGACGCAAACUCUCCUAGACACACCUACAAAUUGCUCACUUAGAAUCAUGGUUAUAGGUAUGGUAAGAUGGGUUACAAACUUCGGGUUUACCGCGUGGGGCCCGAAAUUAUUCAGAUAAACCGAACAACAAAAACAACACAACUAGCGCGAGUACGAAACCGUAAUUGUAAUCUUCUCGUUGUGAAAUGAGGUGCGCCAAACCGCACAGAACUAUGCCAACAGUUGCCGGAUCCAGGGCAAACACUCUACUCAAUCCAGUUGAACUAUUACUGAUCAAGUAAAACAACACAUUAAUUUCAAAUUUCAUGUA